UUUCAAGCUGAGGCAGCAGAUCAGAUCUCCACAGUAAGAACUAUUCAUCAAGCAGAUUCAUCUUCUUUUCUCAUCCGAAAUAAGAUAGAAGAAUUGAAACAAUUUUCAAUGGUGUGAUUCCGUUUAAAGAAUCCUUCUGGAAUCUUCCAUGGCGUCCUCCUCAAGCACCACCACCACCAGCAACAAGUUCCAAGUUCCUGCUACACGUCACAAACCCCCAAAACAACAACAAGAAGAGCUAGAAGAAAACGAAGAAGAAGAAAGCGUGUGUUCUUUUAUUAAUUGUUCUCCCUUGGUUUUUAGGUUCAUUUCUGAAAUAGAGGCUGUUUGUCGGCUUUGGAUGUCUGAUGGUCCAAUUAAUUUGUUGGAAAAAGGUGCAAUUCUUUUGGAGAAUUCCGGUAGUUUGUACAAGGUGAAAUCCGAGAUGAAGCAUGCCAUGAAAAGUUACUACAUGGAAUACUAUUUUGAGACCAACCCUAAUGUAAAAGAUGGGGACUGGAAUUUUGAUUUGCAUGAUCUGCAGUUAUGUUUCGGUGUAAAAGAAUUCUUGGUUAUUGCUCCUCAAAGUGCAAGUGGUGUGCUUCUUGAUGCACCUGAAGCUAGCAAGCUCUUGAGUGCUGUCGCAAUUGCUUUGUCAAAUUGUUCAAGUUUAUGGCCAGCAUUUGUUCCAGUUCAUGAUCCCUCUCGAAAAGCAUAUAUCGGAAUUCAAAGCAUGGGUACUGUUUUUACUAGAAGGUUUGAGGCAGAUCGGAUUGGUAGUCAGGUUCCAGUAAAAUUAAUGCAUUUGGAGGGCUUGUACGAGUUGUUUGUAUCUAAGUUUGCCUAUUCCACAUUGGAUCUAUCAAUUCAUAAUUUCAAGGUCCGAUUUACAAUGAAGCUAACAUAUAGAACGCUUCCGUGUGAUGAUGACUAUAUGAAAGGCUUCGGUGGUGAAAAAUCUGGAGAAAAUCUUUCUGGUGAAAAGUCCAAUGGCCUGCAAUGGGAUGUUGAUUGUUCUUGGAGUGAGUGGUAUUCUGCAGAAGAUCCUGUAAAAGCUUUUGAACUGGUUGCGAUAUUGUCCGAGAAGAUGGUUGAAAGUUCUAUGGAAAUGGCUGAACUAGAAAAUGCUUCACCUCAUGAAGCUGAAAAGUGGUUGAUCUCUCCAAGGAUUUCCCCAAAUUUACUUGAAGGUUCCAAAGGGAAUUGGGUUGGAUUUGCAUCUCAGUUACGUUUUCUAGUUGAUGCGUUGGAAAUGUCAUUUCAGGCACAGUUUCUGGAAGAUUUUGUUUCAGUUGAAAAUGCGGGUGCUGAUAAUUUGAAAUCGUUGGCUGUACCUCCACCCACAGUUAGAGAUCGUGUGCUGAAAGAACUAUUUAUUGAUGGUGUGGAAUUCUCUAAUUUUACUGAUGAUGGACAUAAGACUGCUCGGGCCAUUAAAGGCGCACCUCGAGAAUUUCUUUUUGCUCAAUUUUGUCUACAUGCUCUUUGGUUUGGCAACUGCAAUAUACGUGCUAUAUCUGUGCUAUGGCUAGAGUUUGUUCGAGAAGUAAGGUGGUGCUGGGAAGAAACACAAUUAUUGCCUCGAAUGCCAACUAACGGACCAAUUGACCUUUCCACAUGUUUGAUCAACCAAAAACUUCAGAUGCUUGCAAUUUGCAUUGAGAAGAAGAGUCAACAAACUGAAGAUUAUGAAGACUGUAUUGGAAGUUUGGAUCAUAUAGAAUCCAUGUCUGAGGAAGAAAGUGUAGUUGGGGAUGAUUCAUCAAUUAAGCCGACACCAAGUGAUGAUAUUCCUGGGAUAGUUGACAGAAAGCCUGGAAUUGUGGAUCUAUUUAACGAUAAAUCUUCGGACCUCACAAGGAGAGGUUCAGCUGGUAUUGUUGAUUCUAUGAUGCUUCUCAAGUCAUAUCAAAGUAUGCAUGUCCCUUUCACACAGGAACCACCACUUAUGACAGAAGACAUGCAUGAGGAGCGGCUUCAAGCUGUUGAAGCCUUAGGUGACUCAUUUAGUUUUUCUGGUCAGCUGGAAAGGGAUAUAUUAACUUCAGAUAUGUCAGCAUUUAAAGCAGCAAAUCCAGAUGCUGUUUUUGAAGAUUUUAUUCGAUGGCAUUCACCGGGGGAUUGGGAAGAGGAUGAACCUGUCGACCAUGGAUCAUCAUCAUCAUCCACUGCUCUAGAAAAAGAUAGAUGGCCCCCACGAGGACGGCUUUCAAAGAGAAUGUCCGAGCAAGGGAAUUUGUGGAGAAAGAUUUGGGACCGUGCUCCUGCUCUUCCUGCUUCCGAACAGAAGCCUCUUCUUGAUCCAAAUAGAGAAGGAGAAAAAGUUCUUCAUUACCUUGAAACAUUACAACCACAUCAAUUGCUUGAGCAAAUGGUGUGUACUGCCUUCAGAGCAGCAGCUGACACACUUAUUCUGACUAGUUAUGGAGAACUGAAACAGAUGGAGACCGAGAUUCAGCAACUUUACGUUACCAUGGCAACUACUUUGAGGCCUUUACAAGUAAAUCGCUUGUCCGCUGAGAGCAACACUUUUGAAGACUUAAGACGAGUAAGUGCUGCUUUUGAACGUGUUGAAAAGUUAAUGACUCUCGGAGCUUCUCUUCAGCGAAAGUUUCGACGAGCACCACGCCUCGCCAGAGAAAUUUUCAAUGGUUACUACGACUUCAGUAUUUCAAAAAUGGAAAGCUUGGCAGAGCAAAUUGUUGAAAAGGGGUUUGACAUGAAACUGGAAUUAAGGAAUCAAGAGAGGGAAUUGUUGUCAAAUAUGUUUGUUCCUCCCACAGCUAGCCAGUCUUGGAGAAAGGUUUUGAGCAUGGGAAACCUUCUUAAUGGCCAUGAACCAAUAGUCAGGGAGAUUGUCUUUUCGCUGCGUGAUAAAGCUACCGGUAACCAUUACGCAGCUCAUAGCGGUAGUUUUUCUCAUAAAAAAGAAAUUGAAACUUACAGGAUGUACAUAUGUGGAACUUCUAAUGACCUUAGAGUAGCACUUUCUGUUGCCUCUUGUGAUUGAUUAAGUUUUAUGGUAGUUUUUCCGUUAUAACUAUUUUUACUAGAGAACAGUUUCCUAGUACCUGUGUUCAUCUGUUUCUCUAAUUGGAAGUGCAAUCCAACUAAGAAAUGAAGAGGUUGGAACAGCCGUAGAAAGGAGGGUUUGAAGUGCAAUUGGAUCUAGUCUAAACUGAGCUGCUAUUGAUUAGUACUUGGUUGUACUUGUACAUAAUGUACGAGAUGCAUUGCUUUUCACUAUUUUUUUCUUUUACCAGGUCAUUAUUUGCA